AUGCAUAUCGAGAUACCGACACACAACCUCCGGCUUCCUGCGGGUUACCGGAACAGAAAGCCCGCAGCUUCAGCAUUAGUCAAGGAAAUCACGACGAAUGGCAAUGAGGCCAUUCACUGGACGCCAGACUCAUGGCGGUCAAAGUACGCUGCUCAGGCUGUGGAGUACAAUGAUACAGAUGCUCUGAAGAACGUAUGUGCAUCACUGAAGCAACUCCCGCCUCUUGUCAGUCGCUUGGAAAUAGAGCAGGCACGGGUUCGCUUCUACCAUGUUGCUCUAGGCCGUGGCUUCAUCAUCCAAGGCGGUGACUGUGCAGAGAGCUUCCACGAUAUACAGCACGAUAUCAUCCAUCACAAGGUUGAAUUGCUCCAUCAACAAAGCCAGAUACUCGAGGAUGCAAUUGGAAAGCCUGUCAUACCACUCGGGCGUAUUGCAGGACAAUACGCCAAGCCAAGGUCAAACCCUUUCGAGGUUCUCCCAAGUGGCGAGACGGUGCAUGCAUUCCGAGGCCAUAUAAUCAACUCAGAGGGACUGGAAGAUAGAAAGCCAGACCCCAAGCGACUCAUGCUGGGCUACUUCUAUGCUGCGGCGACGCAGAAUAGCAUCCGUCAUGUUACUGGGCUAGCAAAUUCAGUACCGGGGAAGGCUUUCAACAAGUGUCAUCUUUACACGUCACACGAAGCACUUCACCUCCCCUAUGAAUCUGCUCUUACCCAUGAGUCUUAUAACCUGUCAGCAACAUCAAUCUGGCUGGGUGAGAGAACUCGCCAGCUUGAUGGCGCUCACGUUGAGUAUGCUCGUGGACUGCGAAAUCCUAUCGGUGUCAAGAUCGGUCCAACAGCCACAGACGCAGAUGUGAUUGCCCUCCUUGACACUCUGGCUCCCGAUACAGCACAGUAUGGAAAGGUCACUAUCAUCACUCGCAUGGGACACGACAAGGUGAGGAAGACACUUCCCGCCAUUAUCAGAGCAGUUCAACUCAGCGGCCAUGUGCCAAUAUGGAUGUGCGAUCCGUGUCAUGGUAACACGUUCACAACUACAGAUGGAAUCAAGACUAGGAGGGUUGACGACCUGCUGGCUGAGCUUGUGGAGACAUAUGCUGCUCACCGAAGUCUUGGGAGUCAUCUAGGUGGUAUUCAUCUCGAGCAAACGGGAGACGAUGUCACAGAGUGCUUAGGUGGCCCAUCCUGCGAGAACGAAGAAGAUUUGCAGACUUGCUACGAGUCGUUGUGUGACCCUCGCUUGUCCGGCCAGCAGGCGCUGGAGCUGGUGCAACGCUUUGCCGAGUGUGUGAAGAACUUUGGAUGA